CCAUCUCACCGCCAACAACAUGCAAUCACGGAUCCGCAGUCGGUGUGACCGGGGGUGAAGUAACAGGCUGCUGCUCCGGACUCAAACUUGUGUCCGGUGAACUGUGACCGCUGCCGUGUGGGGUUUUUCUUGCGCGCACACUUUAUUUCUACGUGGGUGAGCAGUGUGUGUGCGUGUGUUUGUGGCACCUCCCCGCUCCUCCAUAGAUCUGGUUGCCCCCUUGUACCCUCCAAACCACCAUGCAUCUCUCCUGCACCCUAUAGUUAGAGGUUUCUUCCCCUCAAAAUUGCUUUGGUUUGGACUCGGGACCGUGCGUCAUGCCGCGACACCUGAAGCGCACUCCGGUUCCGUUGCAGGACCGCAUGGUUCCUUUGUAACUGGAUCUACUUUUUUUUUUGGAGGGAGAGGAGGGCAUGCUCUCCUCGUCUCUGGAGAACACUUGCAAAGAGGAGAAGAAAGUAGAAGCAGCAGCAGCGACACGAGGAAAGAAGGCGAGAUCAUCUUAGAGAGAGUAACUAAACUUGAUGUUUGAUCAGGCCACGACUAUGGGCGAUGGGAGCCACCGCUGUGGACCCAACCCGCUCUGUCCGGGGAUGGAGACAAAGUGCCGCGCCGAGAUAGGGAGCCGCUCCCCGGUUCAGAGCUCCACGGACACACCGGGGACAUCAGCGUCCACACCGACGUCCUCCAGCGAAGACGGACACGACAAACUUUUGGGAGUGGACCCUGACUACUGUCGGAGAUAUUAUGUUUGUGCACUGAGCGACCGAGGCCCGCAGUGUCAGGAUGUGUUUUUGAAGCUGAGCCUAUACGUGCUCGAGUUUACCGCGGAGAGGCCGGGGUCACCGAGAGACGCCAAAGGCACCAUCCGGGAGAUCGUCCUGCCGAAAGGCCUCGACCUGGACCGGCCCAAGCGCACGCGGACCUCCUUCACGGCCGAGCAGCUGUACCGUCUCGAGCUCGAGUUCCAGCGGUGCCAGUACGUGGUGGGCCGCGAGCGCACCGAGCUCGCGAGGCAGCUGAAUCUCUCGGAAACACAGGUCAAGGUGUGGUUCCAAAACCGCCGGACCAAACAGAAGAAGGACACCACCAAGGAUUCAGACAAACGCUCCUCCUCCUCAAACGAGUCGUUGGCCACCUGCAACAUCCUGCGUCUUUUGGAGCAGGGCCGCCUCCUGUCGGGCCCCGCCCCGCCACCUAACUCCCUCCUGGGGCCUCCACCACACCCAGCAAACGGCUCCCUGCUGAGCAGCCCGGGCGGAGGCUCCUCCACCUCUCCGGGGAUCAGCAGCAGCACUCCUCCAAACUCCCUACCAGGGGGGACUUUCGGGCUGUCGCUGCCUUCGCUGGGUGGCACCCCGCCUUCACCGCGUCUGGGCGUGCCACCGCCGCACUCCCUCUGCUUCUCCAUGCCGCUGCUGGGAGGCGCUCAUCAUGAACUGACGUCUGCUUACGGCUGCGGCUCUUCAGCUUUUGAGCCGUACAUGCGGCUGGACAGGAAGGAGGCAGAUCUGGGGGGGAAGAAGACAGUUUCUUAAGUAACGUGUCCCUCGUUAGGACGCUAGAGGACUUGUUUUGUGUGAGCGCCUCUCCCCAGUCGUUCACCCCGCCGCCUGUUUGACAUUUGAGCUUCAGCAGACGGGGAAAGAAAGCGACCUGGAUCAUGAGAAAUGUGAAAAAAGAAGAAACCAGGCACCAUUUUGUGCCACAGCACUGAUGAGCACACUGACACAAAAUGGUGAAAAAAAAG